AUGAUUGGAUUAAUUAGCUCUCUUUUGAAAAAACAGGACACAUCCUUGUUAAGUUGUGUGUACUAUCCCGAUGUAAACUACGCAGCUGAGACUUUCAUGUUGCGUGAUGCGCUGUUGAAAAAAAUUGGAGAAAAGCGAAGUGCAGUGAUGAGAGAAAAACUUGAAAUUGCUUUACUAGGAUCGAAAAAUACAAUAGCUGUCAGCGACGGAGGAAUAUCCGAGUUACUACCAAACGGAAAAUCCAUGUCACUUAUAGUCGAUGUACCAAAGGAUGAAGAUCUUGGGAACUAUUGUCGUUUCUUCUGCAAAAAUAGUGUGCGUGCGUGCCGCUUGAAGCAGAGCGAGCGUCGUGUUUUAGCGAAUUAUUUUCUUUCAAAUAGGAUGGUGAAGUUCAAAGAUCCGGCGGUUAUCCAGUUUGCUACGGUUGAGGAUAGUGAAAAAGCGCUGCGAACGCAUUCAAGUUGUGGUCGAAAAGUGGCUGAUUACCUUCCUCGAAUUUUCAUUGUUGGAUGUGAUGGUUGGAAGAAUACAAUUAACGUCACUAUGACUUUUCGUGUCAAGUGGUAUAAGCGACCAUCCAGUGGGGUAGGAGUCGUGCAGUUCAACACUCCGAGUGACGCUAAGUUGGCGUCGGAUGUAUUCUUCUAUCACAGGUAUUUAGAAGCCGAGCGGCAUACCUGGUUUGGGAGUGAUAUUAAGUCGAUUAAGUACAUAUCUAACUGCUAUCAAUCUGAUCGGCAAUUUGAUUAUCAUAUUCGAGAACUUCUUGAGCCGAAUGGCAUCCACAUUGUUCGUGCUUAUCUGGAAAGAGUUACCACAUGUAGAAAUGAUUUGAGUGUGAAGGUACAACAACAGAUCAGUCGCGCCGUAGCUGAGUAUCUGAUGAGGCGUCGCUUGUGGGAUGGACAUGUUCCUUUGUUACGUACGGAAUGGAGAGCUCUGCUUUCCUCCAAUGAGUUACCAUGGCGUUGGCAUGUGCUGGAUGUGGGGGAUAAUGAGGAUAUUGCCACUCCCUGUGAGGCAAAUCUGAUAUUUUAUGAUGUGGAACAAGGCCUAGAUUUGGUGGAUUUUCUUACGGAAGGCACGCCUGAGUUUGCGAAACUCUAUGAUGAGAGGUCCAGUGCAUGUCAGAAGAUAUUUAUAAAGCCAGUUUACUGGAUAACAGUCCUAGUUACAAAAGAGGUGCGACUUGCUUGUGAUUCUUUUAUAAGGCAACUCAACGACGAAGAAACAGCGGCAGCUCACGCCACAAACGAGGAAAUGAACUAUUUGAAAGUUGUUGAUUUAACAUGGAAUAAGGGCCACAUUAACUGCGAUGACGUUGAUACCAGUAUAGGAGAGCUGAGCGUGCAAGGAUGGCCAGUACGGCGUGUUCAGGAGUUGGCUACGCGUUUGGUAUCAUUGUUCGAAGGCACUUAUAUAAAUUGCUCUGAUGAAGUUUAUGGACGCCUCUUAUAUGGACACGGCGCGAAAUACGUUGAUUUUGUUCGUGAGAAGUUGCGCGGUAAAGUUGUCAUCGAUGUCGAUCUCUUGCGAGAACGAAUCACAGUAGUCGGAGAGUCGGCCUAUUUGGCUAAAAAAAAGUUGAAAUUUUUCGCUCAAAACAGACAUGCUUUCAAGCUGAACGAAGUGAUUACUCUUGGACCACCGCGCUAUUUGUUCUACAUGCGUGACGUACUAUGCUUCGGCGUCGGCAUAGACAGACUGAGGGAGAUCUGCGGUGGAGCUGAUUUGGAAUUCGUUGACAAUGUGGGCAUUCAGUUCUCCGGGACUCUAGAACAGUACGAACUGUUGACAAAUUAUCUGGAAGAGGUUGACGAACGGCUUGUGAGGUCGAGUUCCACAACGAAUGUCUCCUCAAAACCAACUUGUCCUGUGUGUUUAUCACCAGUUAGCAAUGCUUUUUAUUCCCUCGAAUGUGGUCACUACUACUGCUUGAAGUGCAUCACUUUUCAGGUGUCAACGAUGAUCAGGAACAGACAGCUGCCCAUACGGUGCGUUUAUGAUGACUGCGAAAAGCCCGUUGCUGUCAGUGACCUCAAGGAGCUCAUUCUUGGAGAAGAGCGUCUCCCCUGGCUAAGCGUUGAAAAAUUGCGACCUUUGAUUGACUGCAGUCUUGAUUGUAUUAUCCGAAAACAUUCGCAUUUAAAGCGGUGCCCAACUCCUGACUGCUUUGGUUUUUUCGAUGUUUCUGGAAAGUCUGGCGUGUUCCAGUGCGAAUCAUGUAAGAAAGAGAGAUGCACAGGCUGCAUGUUGGAACCUCAUGAAAAUCUGACAUGUGAAGAAUAUUCUAGACUCAGAACUGAUGGCGUAGCUUCACUCAAGGCGUAUCUCAGCAAAAAUGAAGGCAAAGCACGUGAAUGUCCAACUAAAGGCUGUGGUGCCAUCAUUGAAAAAGGCGAAGGAUGUUACCAUAUGCAGUGCACGAUGUGCAAUUUUCACUUCUGCUGGCUCUGCGAUUAUACGAGUGAUCAACAAUCCAAAAUCUAUGACAUCUGCGAGAGAACCAUGGAGCUAUCGGCGCAGAAUGGCCUGUCGAUCUCGAUAUGCAUCCAAACUUCCAAAGGCUCUUCGCACCAGCCCGCAGACUCGGCUUCAUCGAGGCCGAAGACAUACCGGACGACGUGGACGUGGACGUCGCGUAAAAUAGGGGUCACUUCUCUUCAUUCCAGUGAAAGAAUUUGUUUGUCAUAA